AUCAUCAUUGUUCAUCAUCAAUGUUGGAAAUAUGGCGCCGAAGUGAAAGACGCGAUAUUGGAAAUAAAUAAAAAUUUAUUAAAUUAGAUUGAUUAUUCAUUGCGGAAACCAUAAAAAUCUUGCAAUAAUGAGUAAUAUAUCACCAUUUGGAGGUGGAAAGAAUCCACCAUGGGUUAGAAAUUCAGGACAAAUUCAAAAUAUACAACAACAAAUGUUGGGACAAGCAAUGGGAAGUAUUGGAGGUCAACCAAUGGUUCAGUAUCAACAACAAACUCAACAAGUGUAUCAGCAGAGUUUAGGUUUACAACAACAAAACUUGACAAUGGCCUCAAUGGCAACUCUCAGUUCAAAUCUACAAUCGGGCAUUGCGGGACAAUUAUAUCCUCAAGUGGCAACAGUUUCAUAUCCAACUCCAAGGGCGUUAAAUACAAAUGCAUUUCAACAAUCGGUUGCCGGUGUUACGCAACAAGUUCAACAAAACGUUCAGUCCUCAUCAUCAACAAAGCAACGUGUAUUUACUGGCAUAGUUACCAAAGUUCAUGAUAAUUUUGGCUUCGUUGAUGAGGAUGUAUUCUUUCAAACAAGUGCUUGUGUCAAGGGAUCGAAUCCAAUUGUAGGUGAUCGCGUUCUAGUGGAAGCGUCUUAUAAUCCAUCAAUGCCUUUUAAAUGGAACGCUACAAGAAUUCAAGUACUUCCUAUGGGCAACAGUACCAAUAAUAGUAACGUAAAUACUCAUCAAACAAGUCAAUCAAAUCGUCAACAACAACAAAUACGACCUUCUGGAACAUAUAACGCCGUUCCUCCACCAUCUGAAAAUUCAAAUAGCAGAUUUAGUUCUAACAAUAAUAGUGGAGUUGCGUCUACAAAUCGUACGAAAGCUGGAAGAAUACGAGAAAGAUCACGAGAACGUCGCAAUGACGAUGAGGAAAUUGAGAGAAAACGUCGUCGGGAGGAAAGAAAUCGAGAACGUGAAAAGAAAGACGAGCGUAGUCCAUCAAGAACUAGAAGAAGUAAAUCGCCAAGACCUCGUCGCCGUACUCGUGUUGUUCCACGUUAUAUGGUACAAAUACCGAAAAUUGCCCUCGACUUGCCCGAAGCAGACGUAUUGGAAAUAAAGCGACGUUAUCAAAAUAUGUACAUUCCUAGCGAUUUUUUUUCUACAAAUUUAAGAUGGGUGGAUGCAUUCCCACCGCAUGUGCCAUUCACAUUAAAUAAACCAUGUUCAUUUCAUGUGAUGCAUAAAGAUGUAGAUUCGUAUAUAGAAAAUAAUGCCGUAUUAGAACCAGCCGAUUCGGAUUAUCUUUUCUCUGCCAAGGUGAUGCUAAUAUCAAUGCCAGCAAUGGAGGAAAUUUACAAACGUUGCUGCGGUGUUACAGAAGACAGAGAUCCUGAUCGCGAUUAUAUUCAUCCAACUCGACUUAUUAAUUUUUUAGUUGGUUUACGCGGUAAAAAUGAAACAAUGGCAAUUGGUGGACCAUGGAGUCCUUCUUUAGAUGGGGCAAAUCCUGAGAAAGAUCCAUCUGUUCUCAUUAGAACUGCCAUAAGAACCUGUAAAGCACUCACUGGUAUUGAUUUGUCCAGCUGUACUCAAUGGUAUCGCUUCUUGGAGCUCUACUACAGACGUGCAGAAACAACACACAAGUCAGGGCGUGUGGUGCCUUCGCGCGUUGAAACCGUCAUACUAUUUCUCCCAGAUGUUUGGCGAUGCGUACCAACUAGACUGGAAUGGGAUGGGCUUCAUCUCAACUAUAAGAAACAACUGGAACGAAAAUUGCUGCGUGCUGCCUCUAAUCUCGACGAUUCGGAUGCUGUCAAUGAUGCUGAUGAGGCUGCCGUCGCUGAUCAAAAGGAUGAAAAUCUUGCUGAGAAGAAAGAUCCUACACAUUAUUCGGAAUUGGAUCCUAAGUCCAUGAAUGUAAAUGAAUUGCGUCAAGAAUUGGUGGCCCGUAAUCUCAGUUCCAAGGGUCUGAAAUCACAGCUUGUGGCAAGACUCUCGAAAACAAUAAAAUCAGAGCAGGCAAAAGAAGAGGGUCGACAAGACGAUAUCGAGGAUAAUGAAAAGGAAAGUACUCCUACUCCAAAGGAAGAAUCAAAAGAUGAUAAAAAAUCAAAGGACAAUAAAGAGCACGACGAAGAUAAAAAGAAAAUUUACGAACGAGAACGCGCUCAACUUGAGAAAAGGUAUAAUCUUCCUGAAUCUUCGCAUAUUGUUGUUCAUCCUUCGAAAACUGCAAAAAGUGGAAAGUUUGACUGCACAAUGAUGUCGCUUAGCGUUUUACUCGAUUAUAGACCAGAAGAUACAAAGGAACAUUCAUUUGAGGUUUCUUUGUUUGCUGAACUCUUUAAUGAGAUGUUGAUGAGAGAUUUUGGUUUUCGUAUUUAUCGUGGUUUAUGCAGUCUUCCCGAGAAACCAAAAGAAAAGGAGGAGGACAAAAAAAAGGAUAAAAAAGACGAGAAAAAGAAGGACGAUGAGAAAAAAAGCAAAAAAGAAGAGAAAAAAGACGAUAAGAAAAGAGAGGGAAGUAAAGAUAAGAAAGAUGAUAAAGAAAUUAGAAGCAAAAAUGAUGAUAAAGAAAAAGAAAAGAAUGAAGAAGAUGAAGAUGAUGAUGAUGAAGAAUCUGAGGACGAUGACUCAAAGGAUGGAAAGAAAGACAAGGACAAGGAUGGAAAGAAGAAGAAAGCCAAACUUUAUACACAUGAUCCUUAUUUGCUUUUAUCGUUUGUUUACUUUGAUCAAACUCAUUGUGGUUAUAUUUUUGAUAAAGAUAUCGAGGAAUUAAUUUACACUCUUGGAUUGAAUUUAUCUAGAGCGCAAGUUAGAAAAUUAGUACAGAAAGUUGUAACGAGAGAUUCUUUACAUUAUCGUAAAUUAACCGAUAAAACAAAAGAUGAAGAUUCAAAAGAUAUGAAGAAAGAUGAGAAAGAUUGCGAAAAGCUUGACACAUCCGAUAAAACAGAAGAUGAGGAAAAAAUUUUACAAUCUCUCGCAAUGGGAAAUAAAAAAUUGUUGCCUAUAUUUUAUGGUAAUGGACCAGCCUCGAAGAGAGCACGACGAGAUGAUGGCGCUUUAUCGGAUCAAAGUCAAACUGUUCCUGAAGGCUUUGUUAUAUACAAAGGAUCUCUUCUUGAUGUUGAAAAACUAGUCAGUCAAUUGAAAAGAUCUGAGAAUGCGCGUGUUGACACGGAGACACGAAUGAUUGAAAUACAACAUGAACUCUCGGCUAUUAGUGACAAAUGUAAUAAACAAUCAAGCACAAUUAAAGAUCUCUCCGAUGAUCUCAGAUCUUAUAAGGAUAAAUUGAAAAAUACUGAUGAAAAAUUGAAGAAAGUUUUGAAUGAUUCUCACAUGUACCUGUCAACAUUAAAAAAUGUAUACCACGUCACAUCGAAAGUAGUUCACAGUGACUCGAGAAAAGUUGAAGUCGUUGAAAUACAAGAUGAAAGAUCUGUCGGUGAAAUGAAUGGAUCGCAAAGUGAUAGCAAAUCUAAAAGUGACACAAGGUGGAGCGAUAGUAAAACUUCAAUUAAAAAAGAAAUUGUCGACAAUGACAAAAUAAAAUCUAAUGACAGUAAAAUUAUUAUUAAAAAGGAAACGUCUGAGGAUAAGGAAAAAAAUUAAUCAGGUAUGUUGUUAAAAUUAAAUUUUUAUUCAAAAAGAAAGAAACUCAGUUCAUCAAAUCGAUAUUUUGAGUCGUGUUUAAUUUUUUUUCAAAUAAAAAUUAAAAAUGUCCAGUAGAAUUUUAAAUAAUUUCGAAAUUCACGUAUGCGUGUAAGUAAAUUACUCUAAGUUUAGAAAAAUAUUAACCCAAUUUGUUAUACAAAUUUUUACACAUCUUUUAAUGUGUACAAAAAUUAAAUUUCAUAAGUUGAAUUUUGAAAAAAAAUGAAAGUUAUAUAAUUAAACAGCAAAUAAAUGUCAAAAGGAUAAAUUGUUUAUUUUUAAACAAAAUUGGAAAAGAAUCUACAUUUAUUUUCAAAAAAAAGAAAAAAACACAGCUCAUAAUAAACUCGUGCUCAGAAAUAUUAAUGUACGGUGAGAUAUUCUUAAAUAUUUUAUGUAAUUAAUUUGUCUAAUAGAUAAUUGAAAAGAAAUUGUAAGAGAAUUUUUAUUCCGUCGUACACAACAAUUUUCUGAGAAUAUAAAAACAAAACACUUUUUUAUAAAUAAUAAUAAUAAUAAUAAUAAUAGAAAAUAAUACAAAAAAAACACUGAAAUUGUAAGUUUCUAAUAAAUAAUUAAGUUUGAACUGCAUAAUAAAAGUAUGUUAAUUAUUUAAAAAUUGUUUGUGUUAUUUUCAGUUUCUUAUUAAAUAAAUAAUUUAAUUAAUAAUUAAAUUAUUAAUUACUAUUGUUAAAUUUAAUUAUUUGAAAAAAAAAAUUUUAAUUGGAUUUGUCAAAAUAAAAUAGCAAUUUAGACGAGAUCAGUUUUAUUUUACCUGAUCGAAAUAAUAAAAAAACAAUUAUUUACAAACUGUACAAAUUAAUUUUUUUUCAUUUAUGAAGCAUUAACGUAAAAACGAUUUAAGUACGAUGAAAUACGCUUGUUUUAUUUUAUUCGCAGAAAAUCAUUAGUUCAAUGUCAAAUGACACUAAGAAAGUACAGUUCUAUUUUUUGCGAGUUAAUGUGUUUUUUUCAUGUUUUAUUACAUUCUUCUUUUCGCAUAUAUUACUUAAAAUAAUAAAAUGAAAUUCUAAUUAUCACAAUCUAUUAAAUAUUCACAUAUUGUGUAAAUAUACGAUAUACUAUAUGAAAUAAAAAUUUUGAUUUGUCA